UUGGUUCCAUCAUCUGUCACUCGGGGAGCCUGCAAUCCCGGAAGUGCUCGUCCAUGUGAGAGGCAGAGAGCAGAGGAGGAUCGAUUGCGGAUUGUUAUUAGUGAGCUAUGCUGCUGUGCAGCUGUAUGUAAUCUGUAGUGUUGCCUGCUGUGUCUAUAAGGAGAUUGGGGAGAUGCAGGACAGCAUCACUGCGGCUGACUUGGAGACCUUCCUAGUAGAUAAGGCUCCCCGUGCUGCGUAUUACAUCCCUGACUAUGUCUCUGUGGCUGAAGAAGAGUACUUGCUGCGUCAGGUGUACAAUGCUCCAAAACCCAAAUGGACUCAGCUGUCUGGGAGGAAGUUACAGAACUGGGGUGGUCUCCCUCACCCCCGGGGCAUGGUGCCAGAGCGGCUUCCCCCCUGGCUACUCACAUACACAAACAAGAUUUCCUCGCUGGACGUGUUUGGAGGGAACUGUGCAAACCACGUGCUGGUGAAUGAGUACAAGCCUGGUGAGGGGAUAAUGCCUCAUGAAGACGGGCCCUUAUACUAUCCUACUGUCACCACCAUCAGCCUGGGGUCGCACACAGUGCUAGAUUUCUAUCUACCGCUCAGUCAAGGGUUAUCUGAGGAAAACGACAAGGUCUCCAAGACAGAGGAUCAGCGCCAUGUCUUCUCCCUGCUGCUAGAGCCUCGCAGUCUUCUCGUUUUGCGCGAGGACUUAUAUGUAAAUUACCUCCAUGGAAUCCAUCCACUGACACAGGACACACUAAGCCACAGAGUGGCCAAUCUGGACAGGUGUGCGGCACACGCAGAGGAGACGUUGACGAGGAGGACACGAGUCUCACUGACCAUCAGAUUUGUUCCCAAAGUUCUCAAAACUGCUCUGUUCCUAGGGAAAAGCAAAUAAGAGGUGUGUGUCUCUGAAGGGUAUCAAGGGAUGGACUCUGUUAUCUCCUUUUUCUGAGUGUCAGUUCAGCACAGUCUACUCAGAAAAUAUGAUGUUGCUGACUUUACAUUGCCAUAAUUCUAUGAGAGUCCAUGAUACAAUCUAAAUGGCUGAAUUAUGGGCAGUUAAAUGUUGCACCUGGCCUCUACCUCUCUACAUAUGAUACUAUCAGACAAGGGAAAAACUCUUCUGUUAUAGAACUUUUUUUGCCCUGAAAACACAGAACUGUCCAGUUUCCGGUGACAUGGCGAGGCUGUGAUUAUAGAACUGCUGUAAGUCUGUGUAAUAUCUCUUUUACAUAUGUACAAUUAACUGUAUUGUUGUAUCUAUUCAUACUUCACAGGGAAGGUGCCAUACUGCUGCAUCUAACGGCUUUCUGCGAUCGCUGGCCCUAUACAGAUGGAGCCUCGCUCAUAUAGCCGCCUCUGCUGCACCUAGGUGCACCAAGGUUUAUUAGCAUAAGCCUUUCAUCUAUUGUUCUGGGCUGCAAUACAAUACAGAGAGAACAAUAGAGCAGAGGAUUAAGUCAUUACAGCAGGGGAUUAACGGGGUCAUUCCGACCCGAUCGCUCACUGCAGUUUAUCGCAGCGAUCGAGUCGGAUCUGCGCCGGCGCAUGCUGGGCGGCCGAAGGCCGUUGUAUUGUAGCGAUUGCCUCUGCCUGAUUGACAGGCAGAGGCG